AUGUCACAUAACUCAUCCCCUGAAAGUAAUACCACAUCUGACGAUAAGAAACAACAGUUACGGAGGAGACAUGGUUCACACGAUACACCAUCAGAAAAUGACUCGAGAAGGAGUUCUCGGUCUAGCACCAAAUCCAAUACCAAGCCAAAAACACAUAGGAAGAAGUCAUUUGUCAAUUUUGCACCGUUGAAUACUCCGUUACAUAAUAGGUUAGAAACUAUGGGGGUAAUCUGGCAUUGCCUUUCCAUUCCUUUUUUCGUAAGUCUAUUCUUAUUGGCAAUUUCAUUAGGCUGGAUCAUCUGGAUAUUUGUGAUCCUUCCUUACUUUAUUUGGUGGUAUUUCUUUGAUUUACAUACACCUACAAAUGGUAAAAUUGUCUACCGGGUUAAAGAUUGGAUGAAGAAUAUCAUAAUCUGGGAAUGGUUUGUGAACUAUUUUCCUAUUAGCGUCCAUAAGGCAUGUGAAUUCGAACCGACUUUUACGCAGAUGCUUGUUGAUGAUAAUGAAGGAAAUGACGACGAAGAGGAUCUAAUUUCAGAGGAUUCAAGAACACUUCUUGAUAAAUUGUUCAAAACAUUGGGAUUGAGAAAACGUUUGAAUGAUUCAGAUUCGCAUAAUGUUCUGAAUACAACUUCAAGUGAUAGAAAAUUUGAUAAGGCUUUGAAAUAUAAGAAAGAAAGUACUGGGCCUAGGUAUAUUUUCGGCUACCACCCGCACGGUGUAAUUUCUAUGGGAGUCAUGGGAGCUUUUGCAACUAACGUGAUUCGGAAUGAACCAUAUCAGCCUCCGUUUAGUUUCUUAAAGUCAUUUUUCCAUGAUCCAUCUAAGUACACUAGAUUAUUACCGGGUAUUGGUAAUAUCUUCCUUUUGACCUUAACUACCCAAUUUACCUUACCCUUUUACCGUGACUAUUUAAUGAGCUUGGGAUUGACAAGUGCAUCUUACAAAAACAUUAAAAGUCUUAUUAAUAAUGGAGAUAAUUCUGUUUGCCUUGUCGUUGGUGGUGCCCAGGAAUCAUUGCUUAAUACCAUGGUUUCACCAAGGUCUAGAAUCGGCAAUGGAUAUAAGAAAGAUGAAACUGAUGAAAGUGGAGAUGAAUCAGAGCCUAUGGUAAAGGAGUAUAAUCCGAAGGAAGUACAACAUUAUAGCAUGAAAGAACAAAUGGAUAAAAUUUCAGAUGAGAAAAAACAGGAAUCCAGCGAAAGUGACAGCAAUCUGGACACAGAAAAAGGCCAAAAGAAACUCGAAAAUGAAAAGCUUAUUAAAACUGAGACUGAAGACGCUGAUCAACCCGAAGAAAAUAAAAAUAAAAGCUUUAAUGAUCAUAAUGGAACAGAAACUGAAAACUCGGGACAAGGCAAGGAAAAAGAAAGCCAGCGUGAUGACCCCUCAAGUCCAAGACAAAUUCAGUUGGUAUUGAAUAAGCGGAAAGGUUUUGUUAAAUUAGCUAUUGAAUUAGGCAAUGUUUGUUUGGUGCCAACAUUUGGAUUUGGUGAGGCAGAUAUUUUUAGAAUAGCUAAUCCAAAACCGGGAUCUCUUGGAUCAAGAUUCCAAGAAUGGAUGAAAUCUACAUUUCAGUUUACAGUACCAUUUUUCAGUGCCAGAGGUGUUUUUAUCUAUGAUUUUGGGUUUUUACCAUUUAGAAAUCCGAUUGAUAUAUGCAUGGGCGAGCCAAUUUAUGUCCUGAGUGGACUAAUUGCGGACUACAAAUUAAAACACCCAGGCUUUGAUUCUGAUGAAGAAGUAGAACAAAAGAACAAGCAAAAAAAGGAAUAUGAAAAAGAAGAUGAAACCGAUUCUAAAAAGAAGGACAAGAAGGAUUCUAAAAAGAAAGGUAAAAAAGAUUUUGAAGACAAAAAGGAUUCUAAAAAAAGAGAAAAAAAAAUAAAGAUUCCUUCCGAAAUACUCAACCAUUACCAUAAAUUAUACGUCGAUGGAUUGAAGAAAGUCUAUGAAGAAAAUAAGGGUAAGUUUGGUUAUGAAGAUGUUGAAUUAAUUAUUAUUGAAUAG